UCCAAAGUUUCCAAGGAACCUGAUGUGAGACUUGGCGAAUGCCCCAGCCCGAGACGGAGAGAUGGAACCUCAAAACCACCUCACACUUGGUCUUCUGCUCUGCCUUCUGCUUUCCGGUGUCAUCGACGGACUCUUCAAGCAGUGGAUACCCAACACCAACUUUGAAACCGGAUCCAACUGGGACCGCAACCAGACCCCGUGUGUGGGAGCCACGGCCCGGUUCGAGGCCCAGGAGGAGGUGUCGGUCUACGUGCGGCAGGUCCACCGGCUGGCAGAUGUGUACCUGCCUUUGGAUGCAGAAUUCAUCCUGGGACCUGGCGCCGGAUUUGGAGCAUUCGAUGGAGAAUUUGAUCCGGGCUGCGACCCAGGCUCGGUGGCUCGGUUCCUGGGGGCGGGACGGCACAGCUGGUUGGAUCCCACGCUUUGGCUCUCGGCCUCCAGUCUGGACGACCUGGAGCAAGGUCCCCAUCUCUUCUCCGUGGACGAGGAGCGGAUCCCGUGUCGUCACGACGAUGUGAUUUUCCCCGCCGAAACCUCCUUCCGGGUGGACGUGGGCUCGGCGGGACGGACCAUCGAGGUCAGGAGCGUUUCGAUCCUGGGUCAGAAGUUCACCCGGGAGGAAGACCUGAGCGAGUACCUGGGGACCAGCUCUGGGAGACUGCAGUUCUGGGGAGGCGGGUCCCUGCGCGUGGAUCCCACCCCCUGCUCCGACCCGUCCGGCUGCCUGUGCGGGAACACCGAGCUUCGCCCCCAGAUCUGUGCGGCCCUACUCCAAUCCAAUGCUGGGGGUCCCUGCCCUCGACUCAGCUGCCAGGUGCCUCUGAUGCCAGUGGGCCAGUGCUGCGAGAUGUGUGGUGCUGUGCUCACCCUGGAGUACACAACGGAUUUUGACCUGGAGAGAUACCGGGCCCGCCUCCUCCACACCUUCCUGAACCUGCCGCAGCACGCCGGGGUGCAGAUGGCCAUCUCCAAGGUGCAGAGACCCCCUGCCACGCUGGAGCCCCGCAGCCACCAGCCAGAGCCCGAGAUCCAGAUCGUGCUAGCGGACGCCCUCGUCGGGCCAGAGGCGGGCCGAGCGGCCGAGCGGCUAGGCCAGGAUCUCCUGGGAGACAUCGCCCAGCACGGGGAGGCCUUCGGGAUCGCGUCCGGGCAGGCGCAGACUUCUUCGGGCAGCCAGAUGGCUGAGGGGCACAGGGCCCGCCCGGCGGGACUGGUGGCCGGGAUCUCGGCGGGGCUGCUCCUGGGCCUGCUGCUUGUCGGGGGCGGCCUGCUCCUGCUGCUGCAGAGGAAGGGGCUGAUCAGGAUCCCGAGCCUGCCCACCUCUAUGGCCUGGGGCCGCCGGGCCUCUACCCUGGCAGAUACUGUGGUUAAAGGCUUCGACAACCCAAUGUUUGACACGCCACCGCUGGCCGUGUCAGAACUGGAUCCGGUCUCCCAGGAGCCUCAGGGGGCAAGGGAGAGCGGCUGCUACUUUGUUAACCCUGUGUUUGAUGUCACAGAGCUAGAAGUGUAAGGGAGAGGACCAGUCUUCAGUCACAACAGGCUCCCACCCCACUCCGAAAAUCGAGGCCCAGAGAAGUGAAGCGGCUUGCCCAAGGUCACCCAGCAGCAGUUAGGAUAAGUCUCUUGACUCCCAAGCACUUGCUCUUUCUGUAGGCCACAUUUUCCAUACCCUUCAGCACAGCAACCGCAAACCUAGUCACUGUUCAGUGGAGGGAAGAUGGGGGGGUGGGGAGGGGGAAGAGGUGAAGGGAGAAGAGCAUUGGAGGC